GAUUCUCAAAACUCGCCCCAACCACGAAAACACAUUUACCGUACUAGUAUCUCACUAUCUCAACACUCAACAGCAUCAUCAUUCUCUCCAUGGAUCUCAUUAUUAUUAUCCAUCAAGACCACAGACCAAACACAGCAGUAGCACCACCACCAUGUUUAUAGUCACCAAGGUAGUGGAUACGCUUCGUAUCUCCCCGAACAUGUUAUCAAUUCCCUCCUUGACGGCCAUUCAUUCGGAAAUGGAUCGUCGGUAUCCCAAUCGAGUGUUGAUGGAUGUUGGUUUGGUGAUUUGUCGGUACGGGGACUGCUUGAAGAUUGGGGAUGGCAUUUGUGUCAAUGGGGAUGGUGGGGCACAUCACGAGUGUUUGGUCAAAUUGGUUAUUUUUCGACCCUUUGUCGACGAAGUCUGUACGGGUCGCAUCAAGAAGAGCACUCCCGAAGGCAUUCAAGUGAGUUUGGGAUUCUUUGAGGACAUUCAUAUUCCAGCCUAUUGGAUGUUACGGCCGAGUCAAUAUGAAACUCGAACGGGUCUGUGGGUCUGGAUGGACGACGAUGAACGCUAUGAAAUGGAAAUAGGAUCGGAAAUUCGAUUCAAAAUCAAGACCAUCAAUUUCACACAAAUCACCAAUACAGCCAAGGGAAUGCAGGCCACCACCACUACUACAACAGCACAAGCUCCUAUCACCAAUCCUGGUGACAUGAUGCGAUCCACUAGUACCGAUGGAAGUGGCAGUGGUGGUGGUGCCAAUAUCAAGGCAGAACAGUCUCAACAACCAGUUCGUAAACGCAGUCUUUCGGUGGAUUUGUCCGAAUCCCAAAACAUGCCUGCCACCAUGCAUGUUAUAGCUUCCAUUUGCGAGGAUGGAUUGGGUUUGACCAGUUGGUGGGAAGCACAGGAAGAAGAAGAGGAGGAGGAAGAGGAACAAGCAGAAGAGGAAGCAACCAAUGAAGACGAGGUCAUGGAAGAAGAGGUCAUGGACGAAUCGUAACUAAUAGUGGCACCAGCUAGCUGCAUGACGAAGUACAUGUUACAUACAUCUAUAAGCUGUCUAUCAAAUUCAUUGCUGGAGG